AUGUCCCGGAGACCCCGGCACAGUAUAUAUAGUAGUGAUGAUGAUGAAGAAGAUGUUGAGGUGUAUGAUCACGACUAUGAUGGUCUGCUUCCUAAGACUGGAAAACGUCACUUAGGAAAAACCAGGUGGACUCGCGAAGAGGAUGAGAAGUUGAAGAAGCUUGUGGAGCAGAAUGGCACAGAAGACUGGAAAGUCAUUGCCAAUUUCCUUCCUAAUCGGACAGAUGUUCAAUGCCAGCACCGAUGGCAGAAGGUACUAAACCCAGAACUUAUUAAAGGUCCGUGGACUAAAGAGGAGGAUCAAAGGGUAAUAGAGCUCGUGCAGAAAUACGGUCCAAAGCGCUGGUCUGUCAUUGCUAAGCAUUUGAAGGGAAGGAUUGGAAAACAGUGCAGGGAGAGGUGGCACAACCAUUUGAAUCCAGAAGUGAAGAAAACCUCCUGGACAGAAGAGGAAGAUAGAAUUAUUUACCAGGCACACAAGAGACUGGGAAACAGAUGGGCAGAGAUUGCAAAGUUGCUGCCUGGACGAACUGAUAAUGCUAUCAAGAACCACUGGAACUCAACCAUGCGCCGGAAGGUUGAGCAGGAGGGCUACCUGCAGGAGUCCUCCAAAGCCUGCCAUUCCUCAGCAGCUGCUGGCUUUCAGAAGAACAGCCCCUUGAUGGCCUUUGCUCACAACCCAUCACCACCCGCCCAGCUGCCGGUGGCCAGCCAGCCCCCGCUGAGCAGUGACUACCCCUACUACCACAUCCCUGAGCCGCAGAACGUUCCUGGUCAGAUCCCGUAUCCAGUAGCACUGCAUGUAAAUAUUGUCAAUGUACCUCAGCCAGCUGCUGCAGCUAUCCAGAGACACUAUAAUGAUGAAGACCCUGAGAAAGAAAAGCGAAUAAAGGAAUUAGAGUUGCUACUAAUGUCGACUGAGAAUGAACUGAAAGGGCAGCAGGCAUUACCAACACAGAACCACACAUCAAACUACCCCGGCUGGCACAGCACCACAAUUGCUGACAGUACCAGGACCAGUGGUGACAGUGCACCUGUUUCCUGUUUGGGGGAGCAUCACCACUGUACUCCAUCUCCACCAGUGGAUCACGGUUGCUUACCUGAGGAAAGUGCAUCCCCUGCACGGUGCAUGAUUGUUCACCAGAGCAACAUCCUGGAUAAUGUUAAGAAUCUCUUAGAAUUUGCUGAAACACUCCAGUUAAUAGACUCCGAUCCUUCAUCAUGGGGUGAUCUCAGCAGUUUUGAAUUCUUUGAAGACACAGACACUCCGGCUAGCAGAGCUCCCUCAGGCAAAGUCGCGCAGCUUCAGCAAAGAGAGCCCAGUGCUUGUAGAUCUCAAGGACAGCCCACCACAAAUUUGAGCAAAGUCAUGUUGAGUCAGGGCUCUCUUGGCUCACCAAAGACCUUAUCUGCCUCACAGGGCAGUGCGGCUCCGUGGGUCCUUCUUCGCAAAAGGAGAGGGCACUGCAGCCCCUCAGCCAGUGGCCACGGUAGCACCUUGGUCCUAGCUGACGUCAGCAGCUCAACUCCUCCUAAGCGCUCCCCUGUCAAAAGCCUGCCCUUCUCUCCCUCGCAGUUCUUAAACACCUCAUCUAAUCAUGAAAACUUGAACCUGGACAACCCUGCACUUACCUCCACGCCGGUGUGCAGCCAUAAGAUGGCAGUUUCCACCCCGUUCCACAGGGACCAGACUUUCAAAGCUCAGAAGGAAAACCAUGUUUUCAGGACUCCAGCAAUCAAGAGGUCGAUAUUAGAAAGCUCUCCAAGAACACCCACUCCAUUCAAAAACGCACUUGCAGCUCAGGAAAUCAAAUAUGGUCCUUUGAAGAUGCUGCCUCAAACUCCAACUCAUCUUGUAGAAGAUCUGCAGGAUGUUAUCAAGCAGGAGUCGGAGGAAUCUGCAAUAGUGGCUGGGCUACAUGAAAGUGGACCCCCUUUGCUGAAGAAAAUCAAACAAGAGGUGGAGUCCCCAACAGAUAAAGCUGGAAAUUUCUUUUGCUCAAAUCACUGGGAAGGAGAAAACCUGAACACUCAGCUCUUUACACCUGGGUCUACUAUGGAAGAUGUGCCAAAUCUUCUUACCAGUUCCAUUUUAAAGAUGCCUGUGUCUGAAGAUGAUGAUAGUUUUCACAAAACAGUUGCAGUACCUAGAAACAGGCCACUAGCUAGUCCUCUACAGCAUCUGAACAACACCUGGGAGUCGGCGUCCUGCGGGAAGAUUGAGGAUCAGAUGGCUCUGACAGAUCAGGCACGCAAAUACAUGGCCACCUUCCCCACCCGGACUCUGGUGAUGUGAAAGGGUCGACGCACAGAGAAGCAUUAUGGUUUUGAGAACACUUCACCUCCACUGGGAAAUUCCUGUUCCUCUGCAUGAGAACUUUUCAUGAAUGGGAGAAGAGCCUAUCUUUGUUGUGGUACAACAGUUGGGAGCAGCACAAAGUGCAUUUAGUCACUCAGCAUAUGUAUUCUUGUUGGAUUUCACCCAACUUAAGAGUUUGUGUUUUUUUAAUGAUACUUGCCUAAAUUAUUAGGUAUUGAGUUUGAAUCGGUAAUUAAUGAUCUUAAGUGCAGUCUUAUAAUAAAGAUAAUUUUUCUUGUACUUUUUGAGAUCAAACAGACUUAAUACACCAGUAUUGUUAUUUCAGUGAUGUGCUAGUCAGG